UUUUGUUUCGAAAAACAGCGACUACCUGGUUCAGGUUUUACUUGCAACUUUCCUGUGUUACGAACGUCGAUAGUGAAAGACAAACAAAUAAGAAGGCAAGAAAUGAUGUUGGGCUCCUUUUAUGCCCUGAUGGCGGGAUGUUUGGGCAGUGCCGCCUCGCUAUCUGCCAAGCUAACUCUCGGUGCCGACUACUUCCUGGAGAUGUGUCAAGUCAGCGCCUUUCCAACACAAAGUGUAUCUUCAGCCUGUCACUGGUCAAAAAGAAAAUGUUUGCAGCUCCACAUCCCGCUGAGGCUGCUGUGUGUGGGCCUGAUGUUUGCGUGCAACGCUGCCAUGUGGACCUUCUUCUCCAAAGCUCUUCACGCCUGCUCGUCUUCAGCCAGCGCCACGGUCACCAGCACGGCAGCCAACUUCAUUUCAUCCGCGAUACUGGGGAAGAUGAUAUUUGGGGAAAGUCACGCGCUUCAGUGGUGGUUGGGCAUCGCUCUGACACUUUGUGGACUGCUGAUGCUUCAUGGGUCCACACCGCAGCCUCACCAUGACACCAAGGACGACUAAAUAUAUAUAUAUAUAUAUAUAUAUAUAUAUACAUACAUA